CGACUGACGACCACACCUGCUUUCACCGUUGAUUUUUAUUUCUUCUGUCAUUCCUUGAACAGUGACUAUGGCAUACAACGACCCGUACGCUGCACCCAAUCAGGGGUAUAACAUGAACUACGUUGGCCAACCGCAGUACCCGCCGCAAGCCUCAAACCAGCCGAACUACAAUGACGCUCAGGAGUUCAACCCGUACGAGCACCAGCCACGCUUCCCAACAUACGACCAGCAGCCAUAUACAGAUAAUCCAGGCGGGCAGGCAGGAUAUACUGAUUAUAGCCGGCCUCCCUAUGAUCGAGAGAAGAAGUUCGCUGAGGCGAGGAUGAGUGUAGGGCCACCACCCAAAGAUACGGGGAUGCUCAGGAUAUGGAGACAGCAUGGGAGAGGAAAGCAGUGGACUAGAGGAGGUGGCCUACGUUCAUGCUGCCGCUUCUUUGGCUGUUUCCUUCUUUCCUUCAUUUUCAUCCUUCUCGCUGUUAUUCUCAGUCUUGCUGUGUUCAUCCGCCCUCCCGAUGUUCAGUUCAACGGCGUGUCUACUCCUGCCAACGGACAGACGUUCCAGCAGAUCAGCGCCUCUAGCUUCGCUGUCAACCUCGACUUGAACAUCGCCGUACGCAACCCGAACUUCUUUGGUGUCGAUUUCAACAGCAUAACUGCGAAGAUAUUUUUCCCUGGAUUCACUCCCCAGCUGGGAGGUGGAAAUCUCACCAACGUGCAGUUCGGGAGCAAUACUGCAACCACAUUGGCGUUCCCUAUCACGCUGAACUAUUCGACGACUGCGGACCCAAGUUUGACCCUCCUGACCGGUAUCGCUAGUAGCUGUGGCUACAACGGUGCACAACAGAGCAACAUCAAUGUCGACUUCUCCAUCACUCUUGCCCUGAAGAUUUUGUUCGCACAAAUCUCACCAACGAUCUCCUCCUCGAUAGGGUUUGCAUGCCCUCUUACACAGUCGGAAGUCCAAGGUGUAAUAGGCCAAAUCCUCGGUGGUGGGAUUUGAAAGGCUAUCCGAAUAAGCUAUCACAGAAGAGGAGGACGGCUGGAAACACAAACGCUGAAGAGGAUAAUGGAAAGCGAACGGGACGGACGGAGUGUCAUAAGAACAUUUCACAUGAUGAGGGACAUGGGCUCUACCAUACUUUUCUACGGACUUGUAUAGUUGUA